CCACAUCCACAUUACAACCUGUCUACCAUUAGGCAGUACCGUCAAAGACACAGCAGAGAGCCAGCCAAAGGGGAGGAGGGCUCCUACAGGUUCCUCUGCCCACGACAUAUCAGCACUUGGCACAGAGGAGGCUCCAUACCACGCUCACAAAUCCACAAUCUCAGCCUUUAAUCCCCAGUUACAGCAGACAGAAAAGGGGAGGGCAGUUACCUAAGGCUCUCAGCACCCUCAUGUACCUUCUUGGAUCAUGGAGCUGCACUGUCUUCCUACCGAGACCCCCACCACAGUGAGCUCCUGCUCCACGGACCCCCUGUACGACAACUGCCCACCUUUUGCCCAGCGAGAGAGGGCCAAGGAAAUGGAAAGUAUGGCUGUGUGCCCUGCCGUAACCAGACUCCCAGGCUCCUGCAGCCCUCUGUCUGGUCUGGCCCCAGCUGUAGCUGAGGUUCAGGCAGUGGUCGGCGGGGGAAGAGGGCCUGGCGCCUGGCCAGGUCACAGCUACUGCAGCUGUAGACAAGGCCUGGGAAGACUGGCCUGGGAAGCAGAGCUGGGCCCAGGCAUAAACAGGGCAAGAGCAGGACAGAGAGGAGGAGAACAGGGAUGUGGCUGGGGAGCAGAGGACAGAACUCAACUGUACCAGAAUCCUAGCCGAUCAGAGAGUGAGGAGCACCGGAGCACUCUGUCUCUGUACGAUAACCUCCCUGACGCUGUAACAACAGACAGCCUCCAGGAAGUCUCUGACAUGGAAACAAGCCUACAGGAACACUUGCAGGAGCAGAUGUACCAAGCAUGGGCCCCUGAGAAGAUCCAGGGACUGAUGGAAGGUGACGAUGUGAGUGAGGAGAGGAGCCCCUGGUCCUCUUGUGAGAUCGUCCUCGCUAAAAGUUGUUCUAGUAACCAGGACCAAGACAAGGAGCAGGAGCCAGAGCUGGACUCGGGUUCCUGUGGAUUUUUGCAGGAGGACCCGAUGCUGCACCCCCAGACCCCGAUGUCACCUUCAGAACAUCUUACAGCAAAUUCCCCUCAGCUGUGCCACAGUAAACCUGCUCUGGGUGCUGAAGCCCCAAAGCAGCCAUCAUGGUCUCCCAGGGUACCCCCUCCAGUACCCCUGGCUGACCCCUCAGCCAGCGCUCUUCGAAGCCUGCUCACGAGCCUCCAGCAGCAGAUAGUCAGACAGAGGGAGGAAUACGAGGCUCGGAUAAUCAGCCUAGAGCAGAGAAAUGAGGAGCUGCAGGUGGAAGUCGUUUGCUUGAAAACAAACCUCACAAAGCAGCGGCACUGGUACCAGGCUGUCCAGAUUAAGAUUGCGGAGUCUGAAAAGGCCUGCGCUGCUGCAGAACUGCGCAAUGCCACACUGCAGAGGGAGAUGGAGCAGUUCUUUGACACCUUUGGAGAGCUCAACAAUGAGGCAAAGAAGACAGAAUACAUCGUCAAGAGCUUCUGAGAAAACAUUACGGUGUUUGAUGGCAUGAAAAGUGUGUGCAAAGGGUAGGAAAUAAAGGCACAAGAUGGGCUGGUCUUUAAACUUUGGCUAAGAUCUUUUUAUAGUAAUGUGUCACUAUGUAGAACAUUUCCUACCCGAAUUGGGAUGGUUUAAGCGAUGUACAGUUAUUUCCCCAUGGACAAUCUGAGAAUUACAAAAAACAUCAAUGAAAGAAAAAAAAUCACUGAUGUCCACUUUAUUAGUUGAGUAUGGGCAAAAGAUGCUGGCCAGGUGAUAAUAUGGUGGUCACUGCAAUCACAUACGACAUCUCUGGAAGUAAAAGCAGGAACAAACUGUGAGAUGUACAGUGUAUACAAUGGCGUCCUUUUUUGCUAAGAUUUUAGAGACAGAGUUGGCCACAUUUUGGGUAAUUUAAGGCAUGAAUGAAAGAAUAAGGUCAUGGUUGUGUACAACGUGGUGCAUAAGUCCUCAGUGACUUCGUAGUGUCAUAUUUCUGGAUGUCCAUCACACUGUGCAAUCAGUUAUGCAAAAAGCAGCACCGCAGUCCAUUUCCAACAUUCAUCUUCAAAGUUUCAAGGUCCAGAUUCUGACUCAGGACUCCAGAGUCUCCAAAGUCUCAUUCACAUCGUAAACCACGUCUGCUUUUUGUUGCUAGGCAAACUUUCUCCGAAGACUUUUCCUUUACAGUCAGGUUGACUGAUGUCUUUCAGGAUGAUUCAAAGGAGAUAAUAAGGAAGUAUGCUGCACAGUACAGUUUGGUAACACAUACACACAUAUAGGCUUACAAGGCAAAAAAUACAACAUUUCUCAAACACGCUUUCAGAACCAAGAACAUCAAGGUACUGCAAGUAAAAGAACAGACCUGAACAGAUUUCUCUUUAUAACAAGAACUACUGUAUCUUGUAGGUGCAACGCCUUCAUGCAUGGUAAACACCGUUUUUGUGUUUUACUGCCUUUACAUGUGUUCUACAUGUCUGAUUUCAUGAUUAAUUUCAUAUCUUUUCCAGCCCUAAUGGAAUGGUUUAGAAAAGGGGCAGCCCAUACUUUUACUUGUCAAUGAAAUGUUUUGACAAGAUGCUUUGUUUUCAUGGGCUUCACUGUGGUUGUGUGCAACAUUUUGCAAGAACACAAAAAUAAAUACUACAUGGAUCUUUUUGCCUCUUCCAGA